AUGGUAGGCAACACAGUAAUCCCGACGACGCUGACGUCUCUGGCAGAGCUCGACAAGGUCAGCGACAAGACGCUGAUCCGCUCGUUGGCGUAUGUUGACGGAAAGUGGGUGUCUGGCGCAUCGCAGCAGAUGUUUGCGGUACUGGAUCCGGCGACGCAGCAGGAGAUUGGAAGGCUGCCGAACAUGGACGCGGCGGAUACGCGGGCGGCGAUUGAGGCGGCGACGACGGCGUUUGAGAGCUGGCGCAAGACGACAGCCAAGGAGCGCUCGCUGCUGCUGCAAAAGUGGUACCAGCUCAUUAUCGAGAACCGCGAGGAUCUGGCGCGGAUUAUGACCCUGGAGGGCGGCAAGGCAUUUGGCGAGAUUACUUACGGUGCGUCAUUCAUCGAGUUUUUCGCUGAGGAGGCGAAGCGCGCUUACGGCGACGUGAUUCCGUCGCCGCUCAGGAACUCGCGGAUGCUGGUGACGAAGCAGCCGGUGGGCGUGGUGGGGAUCAUCACGCCGUACAACUUCCCGAACGCGAUGAUUACGCGCAAGGCGGGGGCUGCGCUGGCGGCGGGCUGCACGGUGGUGGUGCGGCCAGCGCACGAGACGCCGUUCUCGGCACUGGCGCUGUGCGAGCUGGCGGAGCGGGCCGGGAUCCCCAAGGGAGUGAUCAAUAUGGUGACGGCGGAGUCGACAACGCCAGAGGUGGGGCUGGAGCUGACGACCAACGCGGCGGUCCGCAAGGUGUCGUUCACAGGGUCGACGGCGGUGGGCAAGCUGCUGAUGGGGCAGGCAUCAGGCACGAUGAAGAAGGUGUCGAUGGAGCUGGGCGGCAACGCACCGUUCAUCGUGUUUGAGGAUGCCGACCUGGACGUGGCGGCCGAGCAGCUGCUGGCCUGCAAGUUCCGCAACUCUGGACAGACGUGCGUGUGUGCCAACCGCAUCUACGUGCAUGAGUCGGUGUAUGACGCGUUUGUGGCCAAGUUUACAAAGUUGGUGAGCGACCGGCUGAAGAUCGGCCACGGGCUGAGCGCCGAUGUCAAUUUUGGCCCACUGAUCACCGAGUGUGGGCUGGCCAAGGUCGAGGCGCAGCUGGCGCGUGCGUUGCAGAGCGGCGGCGAGGUUGUGCUGGGCGGGCAUCGCGUGGAGGCGCUGGCGCCCGGACGUUUCGGGCCGCUGUGCCCGAUCUUUUCGUUCUCCAGCGAGGACGAGGUGGUGCGGCGCGCCAACAGCGUCGAGGUGGGGCUGGCCGGGUACUUCUUCAGCCGCGAUGUGGGCCGGAUUUUCCGCGUGGCCGACGAGCUGCAGGUGGGCAUGGUGGGCGUCAACACCGGCAUCAUCAGCACUGAGGUUGCGCCGUUCGGCGGCGUCAAGGAGAGCGGCGUGGGUCGCGAGGGCUCGCGCUACGGGCUGGAUGAGUACCUCAACAUCAAGUACAUCAAUCUGGCUUUCUGAGCAAUCUCCCGCUGCAGACCGCGGAAGCUCCGGGCCAUCGGAUGAUGACUGAGAUAGCGCUUUUGUGGCAGGCCAUCUUUUUUCUUCUCUAACUUUUUUUCCCAAUUGCACCUUUUUUGUUUUCAUUACAUUUGUCAAAAUGCCGCAACUACGGCUGUUCGCAGAGCUAGCAGGACACGACGACCGCGUGUGGCAGGUAUCGUGGGAUAAGACCGGCACGCGGCUGGCGACGUGUUCGGGCGACAAGUCAGCGCGCGUGUGGGCGCCAGUGGCCGGAUCGUCCUUCUUUGAUGCACCCGGCACGGCCAUA